AUGGUCGAGCUCAAGAACGGCGAGACCUACAACGGCGAGUUGAUCAACUGCGACUCGUGGAUGAACUUGACGUUGAAACAGGUCGUCCAGCUGCUGGCCCACGGCGACAAGUUCUGCCAGUUGCCCGAGGUGUACAUCAGAGGCAUUCACAUCAAGUAUCUCCGGUUACCAGAGGAGAUCAUGGACAUGGCCAAGGAACAGAACUUGAUCAACAUGGAACAGCGCAACCGCAACAACAAGCGCCGUGGGUUUAACAAUGGUGGCAACCAAGGCCACAACCGUCGCUACAACCAGCAGGGUGGUCGUGGCGGCUACAAUAACCGUCGUUACAACCAACAAGGCCAAGGCCACCACCAAGGCGGCCACCACGGUCAAGGCCACCACGGUCAGCAAGGCCACGGCCAACACAACCACUCCCACAGCCACAGCCAGGGCCACCAACAGCACCAGCAGGUCUAA